AUGGCGUAUGGUGGGCCCUACGAUUCGGUGAGAGAGGAUAACCGUACUGUGCGGGAAUUGGUUUGGAUGGACGGUUCCACCAUUUGUGGCUACGGCGUGGGCGAUCGUGCUGGGGCAAUAGAUGGGACUCAUGUCCCUAUUACAAUAUCAAGUAGUGAGGCAGCUCCUUAUAGGAACAGAAAGGGAACUCUUUCUCAAAAUGUCAUGGUUGCUUGCGACUUUGACUUGAGCUUUGUUUAUGUUUCAACCGGUUGGGAAGGAUCUGCAUCAGAUGUUGGGGUAUUGAAUUCUGCAAUUCGAUCUGGAUUUCAAGUACCUGAAGGCAAGUACUAUUUGGUUGAUGGGGGAUAUGCAAAUACGCCAAAGUUUCUUGCUCCAUACCGAGGAGUUCGGUACCAUCUGAAUGAUCAAAGUCGAAGCAAUUGUCGACCGAAGGACUACAAAGAGCUAUUCAACCUUCUUCAUGCUCGUCUGAGAAAUCACAUAGAACGUGUAUUUGGCGUUCUAAAGAUGCGGUUUCCUAUCCUAAAAGUUGCAACACACUAUCCAAUACAAACACAAGUGAAAAUUCCAGUGGUUGCAAUUGUAUUGCAUAAUAUAAUCCGUAGCCAUAGAGGUGAUGAAGAAUGGUUAACUACCCAAACAUUGCAUAUUGAUCCUCGUAGAUAUGUUGAUCUUCCUAGUGGAGACGUGACAACUCGAGUUGAUUCAACACCAUCAAGUAGCCAAAGGAACCCGGGUAAUGCUCUAAGAGAUGAUAUAGCAAAGAAGAUGUGGGCAGAUUAUGAAAAGACAAGGUCUCGUAGAGCAGAAAGGAGAUCUAGUCGAUGA